AUGGUGAUCCUCGGGACCGGCUGGGCGUCGUACGCGCUGGCAAAGUCAGUGGAUCGCGAGCUGUUUGACGUCACAGUGGUCUCGCCACGGAACCACUUUCUUUUCACUCCGCUCCUCGCCUCGACCUGCACCGGCACCCUCGAGCACCGGUCGAUCAUCGAGCAUGUGCGCCGCAUCGGGUUCCGCUCCGGUGCCGACUUUCACCUCGCCGAGGCGACCGAUGUUGAUCCCGAGGCCAAACGGGUGAUGUGCGAGCCUGUUGUUGGGACCGGCGAGCCGUACACUCUCGGCUACGACGUGUUGGUCAUGGGCAUCGGCUCGGAUCCCAACACCUUUGGUCUCGAGGGCGUCCAAGAGCACGCGCUGUACCUCAAAGAGCUCGCGCACGCCCGCACCAUCCGCACCCGGGUCCUCGACAACCUCGAGGAAGCGACGGGUGCAAUGGCUGGCCGCCUCUCGGCCGCGCGCCGCGACGAGCUGCUCAACGUGGUGGUUGUCGGCGGCGGGCCGACCGGCGUCGAGUUUGCCUCCGAGUUCUACGACAUGGCCGUCACCGAUGUCGUCAAGUACUACCCGUCGGUGGCCGACUCGCUCAAGGUCAAGCUGGUCACCGGCGAUGGCCUACUCUCUACCUUCCACGCCUCGCUCCGCGCGUACACCGAAAAGGCGAUCACGUCGCGGGCAAACAUGGAGCUGGUCAAGCACAAUGUGACCGCAGUCAAGGCCAAUGGCGUCGUCCUCGACAACGGCGAAGUCAUUCCAUCGGCCUGCAUCGUCUGGGCCGCCGGCAUCGGCGAGCGGCCGCUCACCACCCACCUCGAGGCCACCCGUGGCUUCCCGCUCCUCCGGCGCCGGUUCAAGGUCAAUGGCCAGCUCCAGCUCGACGGCUUUGACGACAUCUACGCCCUCGGCGACUGCGCCGCCAUCGAGGACAACGUCCACCCACAGACUGCACAGGUGGCCGAGACCCAGGCGUACUACCUCGCCGACCACCUCAAGAACGUGGUCUACGGUCGGCAUGACGCUUCUCAGCCGUACCACUUUCAGUCCAAAGGCGCGCUGGCCUACAUCGGCUCGUACCGCGGCGUUGCUGACUUUUCCAUGGCCCAGCUCAACGCCAAGCCCAAGCCCGCCUCUUCCGAGUCUAGCGCCUCGGUUGGCGCGUUGUCUGGCUUUCACGCCUGGCUCGUCUGGCGCUCGGCAUACCUGACCAAGCUCGGCUCGUGGCGCGCGCGGAUGCAGGUGCCUAUCGACUGGAUGAAGACCUUUAUCUUUGGCCGCGAUCUCUCGCGGUUCUAG